AUGCUCGUCAAAGGCCUGCCAACCAAGCUGACCUCGCUCACAUUCGGCAAUGCAUUCAAUCAAGAAUUGCGAGUUGGCUCGCUCCCAGCCUCUAUCACAACGCUCUCCUUUGGACGGGAGUUCAACCAGCCACUUGAUACAGACGGUAUCCUCACAAACGCAUUGACCUCACUGACUGUUGGCGACAGGUUCAACCACAUAUUUUCCAAGAUAAUGGCAUGCUCACUCACCUCAUUGACUGCAGGUGAACAGUUCCUGCUCACAGAGAUCGGCAUGCUCACUGACGUCUCAACAUUGGUGCUUGGCCACGGUUUCAACCAACGUCUGCCGAGCGGCUCACUGCCUCGGUCCAUCACAGAACUCUACCUUGGCGAUGAGUUCAAUCAAUCGUUGGAGAUUGGAUCGAUUCCUCAGUCAACAGUGUUGGUUCAGUUUGGAGAACGCUAUGAGCAUCCGUUGCCCAUUGGCACCAUUCCAAACUCAGUCACCCAUCUUAUCCUUCGAGGCAAGUGGCUACCUGUCCACUCACAACGAGUGGCCACCUUGGAGAUUGGCAGUUUCAAUUCAGCAAGGGGCAGAGGCAUGUCUUUGCCAGAUUCACUCACAUCAGUGAAGAUUAGAUACUGUGACGAGAUGGACUCGCAGUCAAUGCCAGCACUCCCUCCAUCAGUGACAAGGCUGAUUGGUGUACAUUUUGUCUCGCCAUCUAAAUUGCAUUCUGGAUGCAUAACAUCGUCCGUCACAGAGUUGUCAUUUGGCCAGCACUUCAGAGGGCCAUUGGUUCCGGGCUUCAUUCCGCCAUCAGUGACGGCACUCUCCUUUGGGCCACACUUUCGCCAACAGCUGAACGGUGAACUUAUCCCAACAUCGGUCACUUCUCUCUCAGUGUGCUUCGAUCGUCUGUCGGAUUUGAGUGACCUCCAAUUGCUUGACAGAUUGGAGAUGUCCCAGGGCACCCUGAUCAGGCUUGGAAAGGAGCUGGGCAAAGCUCCUUUGAAACGUCCCCUGUCCAAAGAACUAUUGGUCAAUGUUGUUGACGGCGAGGGAUUCACACUCUCCAUGUUGGACAUUGCACCAACUAUAUCGUAUGCUGGACGCAUCAACUUCAGCUUCCGAAAGAUCAGUGACGGUCUUGUCUGUUUGGUUGUCUUCCAAAGCGAUGUCUGCAGAGUAGACAGUAGCGAGGGAGGCUAUCUGACACACCGUUGA